UGUAUUCACCCACUCUCGGUUCAUCGUGAUGGCAUACGUGACAACUGUCCCCUGCGAGUUUCAGCGUCGCAUCGAUCGCAGCCGCGCGUUUGGCUGAGCGCCCCCACAGACUGCUGCUUACUACAAUUGUAACCCGCCGGGUCCAAGGUUCAUGUCAGAGACCAAAGAAGGCCUUCGGGUGGAAGAUCUGCCCCCUUCGUUGUCGCCUUCCUCUUCCUCCUCCUCCUCGGUACCCGGGUUCAGCACCGCGGACAGCUCCCUGCCUCCACCCGUAAACCGCCGCCUGCGCUCGGAUGGUCAAACACAAGUGGGACGGCAAGAAGUCGGCCGCUACUCUGAGCACAUGAGAGACAGCUGCGGUUUGGGAGGUUUUCCCACCUUUUGUUUUUUUUCUAACAUCCCAGCGACGGAUGUGACAGUACUGAAGAGCGGGGUUUUUUGGGGGGAGUCAGGGAAACGAGACUGAAACACGAUGAUCUCACGAUAUAAACCGAGUCCCGGUUCCACCAUGUCCUUGGCAUUCUGUGGGAACGAGAACAACUCGGUGGCCUACAACGUGGAUGGGGGGGUCCUGAACAAUGGCUGUUUCCUGGACGCGCUCAAUGUGGUGCCACAUGUCUUCCUGCUCUUCAUCACCUUUCCCAUCCUCUUCAUCGGCUGGGGCAGCCAGAGUUCAAAGGUCCACAUCCACCACAGCACCUGGCUUCACUUUCCUGGUCACAACCUGCGCUGGCUUCUCACCUUUGUCCUGCUCUUCAUCCUGGUCUGUGAGAUUGCAGAGGGCAUCGUCUCUGAUGGAUUCAGCCAGUCUCUCCAUCUUCACCUGUACAUGCCGGCAGGUCUGGCCUUCAUGGCUGGCAUCACUUCUAUUGUCUACUAUCAUAACAUCGAGACCUCCAACUUCCCCAAACUACUAUUAGCCCUGCUGAUCUACUGGGUGCUGGCCUUCAUCAUGAAGACCAUCAAGUUUGCCAAAUACACCGAGCAUGGCAUCGGCCCCAGGCAGCUUCGCUACUGCAUCACUGGACUGCUGGUGCUGCUUUAUGGACUCCUACUAGCUGUGGAGAUCAAUGUCAUCCUUGGCAGGCGCUACAUGUGUUUCGCCAACCCCACAGAGGUGAAGCCUCCUGAAGACCUUCAGGACCUGGGCGUUCGAUUCCUGCAGCCCUUCGUUAACCUGUUGUCCAAAGCCACCUACUGGUGGAUGAACACUUUCAUUACCUCCGCCCACAGACGGCCCAUCGACCUCAAGGUCAUCGGCAAACUGCCCAUCGCGAUGAGAGCCCUCACGAACUACAUAAAGUUACGCUCAGCCUUUGAAGACCAGAAGAGGCCUCAGGGCAUGGCACCCCAGGGUCCAAAAUGGAUCUGGCAGGCCUUGAGGAAAGCAUUCGGCAGACCUCUCAUCCUCAGCAUCACAUUCCGCUUCCUGGCCGACCUGCUGGGCUUCGCCGGUCCUCUCUGCAUCUCUGGCAUCGUCCACCACAUCAGCAAGGACAACCGCACCAUUCAGCCGCCGAUGAGGUUGCUCGGUAUCUAUUUCAUUUCUUCCAAGGAGUUUCUGGAGAAUGCAUAUGUGCUGGCUGUGCUGCUCUUCUUUGCCCUGCUCCUGCAGAGGACCUUCCUCCAGGCCUCCUACUAUGUGGCCAUUGAAACAGGCAUCAACCUACGCGGAGCCAUACAGACAAAAAUCUACAACAAGAUCAUGCGUCUGUGUACCUCCAACAUGUCAAUGGGCGAGCUGACGGUUGCUCAGAUCUGCAACCUGGUUGCCAUAGAUACCAACCAGCUCAUGUGGUUCUUCUUCCUCUGUCCUAACCUGUGGGCCAUGCCAAUACAGAUUAUUGUGGGAGUGAUCCUGCUUUACUACCUCUUGGGAAUCAGUGCCUUGAUUGGAGCAACCGUCAUUGCAGUGUUAGCUCCUGUACAAUACUUUGUGGCCACAAAGCUAUCCCAAACACAAAAGAGCACUCUGGAGUACUCCAGUGAGCGUCUAAAAAAGACCAAUGAGCUGCUGCGGGGCAUCAAGCUGCUGAAGCUAUACGCCUGGGAAAACAUCUUCUGUGACAGUGUGGAGGAGACCAGGGGCAAAGAGCUCACCAGCCUGCAGGCCUUUGCUCUUUACACAUCCAUAUCCAUUUUCAUGAAUGCAGCUAUUCCCAUCGCAGCUGUAUUGACGACGUUUGUGGUUCAUGUUCACAUCUCAGAGGACGCUGAUCUGUCCCCAGCUGUGGCCUUUGCCUCUUUGUCCCUCUUUCACAUCCUGGUCACGCCCCUCUUCCUGCUCUCCAGCGUGGUGCGCUCCACCGUCAAGGCUCUUGUUAGCGUUCAGAAGCUCAGUGAGUUUUUUUCUAGCGAUGAGAUUGGAGACGAACAGGAGCCCAGAGCAACGUUAACCUCCGGCUCCAGCAAUCACAACCAAAAUAGGUACCAAGCUGUGUCAUCCUCUAAAUCUUUCCCUUCAUCGUCCUCCUCCUCUUUGUCCCGGCACCUCCAGCCCCUGAAGGUGGUGAACCGGAAGCGCCCCCCGAGGGAUGACUGGAACAAUUACAGCUCACGGGGGGACCGGGAGGGCGACGGUCCCUCUCAGGAUGUGGACCAAGACAUUUGUAUCAAGAUAACCAGCGGUUAUUUCACCUGGACUGAUGGACUGCCAACACUUUCUAAUGUGGACAUCAAGAUUCCUUUCGGUAAGCUCACCAUGAUUGUGGGCCAGGUGGGUUGUGGAAAAUCAUCUCUGUUGCUAGCAGCGCUGGGAGAAAUGCAGAGAAUAUCAGGAACAGUCAUCUGGAACAGCCUGCCAAGUCUGGAGUCUGAGGGAGAUGAAAGUCCCACAGACAGAGAUGCAGCAGGUGAAGGAGACAUCAGGAAGAGAGGUGCUGUGGCCUACGCUUCCCAGAAGCCCUGGCUGUUGAACGCCACUGUUGUAGAGAACAUCACCUUUGAGAUGCCCAUGAUAAAACCAAGGUACAAAGCUGUCAUUGAGGCCUGUUCUCUUCAGCCUGACGUUGACAUCCUUCCACAGGGGGACCAGACAGAGAUUGGAGAGCGGGGCAUCAUCCUGUCUGGUGGACAGAAACAACGCAUCAGCGUGGCCAGAGCCUUGUACCAGCAGACCAACGUGGUCUUUCUGGAUGACCCAUUCUCUGCCUUAGACAUCCAUCUGAGUGACCAUCUGAUGCAGGACGGCAUCCUGAAGCUCCUGAGGGAGGAGAAGAGGACGGUGGUGUUGGUUACGCACAAACUUCAGUAUCUACCACACGCUGACUGGAUUAUUGCUAUGAAAGAUGGCACUAUCCAGACUGAAGGGACGCUUAAGGACAUCCAGAACACUGAGCCUGAACUCUUUGAGCAGUGGAAAACCCUGAUGCACAGAGAAGACCAGGAGUUUGAGAAGGAGACGGUGGCGGCAAGUAUGACAGAUCUUGAGAGGAAAAACCUGCGGAGGGCCAUGUACUCCAGAGAGGCCGUCAGGACUGAGGAGGACGAGGAAGAGGAAUCCCUGGAGAGCGAUGAUGACGACAACCUGUCACAGGUGAUGCGUCAGCGAGCCACCAUCCCCUGGCGCUCCUGCGGCACCUACCUGUCCUCGGCCGGGCUCGUCCUGCUCACCCUACUCCUCCUGUCGCAGCUCCUCAAACACUCCCUCAUGGUCGCCAUCGACUACUGGCUGGCGCACUGGACGUCACACGUCAUCACAGCCCAGAUAGACGCCAGAGCUCGCAACUGUACCGUCGUUCAGGACUGUGGCUUCAGUCACUCAUGGUAUCUGUCGGUGUUCAGUGUGCUGUGCUGCCUGGGCAUCGUCCUGUGUCUGGCCACCUCUGUGGCGGUGGAGUGGACCGGUCUCAAAGUGGCCAAGGAGCUCCACCACAACCUGCUGAACAAGAUCAUACUGGCCCCCAUGAGGCUGUUUGAGACGACUCCGCUCGGCAGCAUCCUCAACAGGUUUUCCACCGACACGAACACAAUCGACCAGCACAUCCCAACCACCUUGGAAUGCCUCUCCCGCUCCACCCUGCUGUGUGUGUCCGCCCUGGGUGUCAUCUCCUAUGUGACCCCUGUCUUCCUCAUCGCCCUCCUGCCACUGGCCGUCGCCUGCUACUUCAUCCAGAAAUACUUCCGGGUGGCCUCCAGGGACCUGCAGCAGUUGGAGGACAGCACCCAACUCCCUCUACUGUCCCACUUCUCUGAGACAGUCGAAGGUCUCACCACUAUAAGGGCCCUCAGGUAUGAGCCCAGGUUCAGACAGAGGUUGCUGCAGUUCACUGAUGCCAACAAUAUCGCCUCUCUCUUUCUCACGGCAGCCAAUCGGUGGCUGGAGGUUCGCAUGGAGUAUAUUGGAGCCUGUGUGGUGCUGGUGGCAGCUGUGGCCUCCAUCACUAACUCUCUCUACAACCAGCUGUCCACCGGUCUGGUGGGGCUGGGACUGACGUACGCACUCAUGGUAUCCAACUACAUGAACUGGAUGGUGCGUAACCUGGCAGACAUGGAAGUACAGCUUGGCUCAGUCAAGAGGAUUAACGGCCUGCUCAAAACUGAACCAGAGAAUUACGAGGGACUGCUCACCGUGUCUCAGGUCCCUGACGGCUGGCCCCGACAGGGAGAGAUCAAGAUCCAGAAUCUGAGCGUCCGGUAUGACGCCACGCUCAAGCCUGUGCUCAAAAAUGUCAAUGCGCACAUCAGCCCUGGACAGAAGGUGGGGAUCUGUGGCAGGACGGGCAGCGGCAAAUCCUCUUUCUCCUUGGCCUUCUUCCGCAUGGUGGACAUGUUUGAGGGACGGAUUGUAAUUGAUGACAUCGACAUCGCCAAGCUGCCACUGCAGACCCUUAGGUCUCGUUUGUCCAUCAUCCUCCAAGACCCCAUCCUGUUCAGCGGCACCAUCCGGUUCAACCUGGAUCCAGAGAUGAAGGCUACAGAUGAGAUGCUGUGGGAAGCUCUGGAGAUUGCUCAGCUGAAGCCUGUUGUUAAAUCACUUCCAGGAGGCCUGGAUGCCAUUGUGACGGAGGGAGGUGAAAACUUCAGUCAGGGUCAGAGGCAGCUGUUCUGUCUGGCCAGAGCCUUCGUCAGGAAGAGCAGCAUCCUCAUCAUGGACGAAGCCACGGCGUCCAUAGACAUGGCAACGGAGAGCAUCCUGCAGAAGGUGGUGAUGACUGCUUUCGCUGACCGAACAGUAGUUACUAUAGCACAUCGCGUCCACACCAUCCUGAACGCCGACCUGGUGAUUGUGAUGAAGCGGGGCAUCAUCCUGGAGUACGACAGACCCCAGGUCCUGCUGGACACGGAGGACAGCGUCUUUGCCUCCUUCGUGCGAGCAGACAAGUAGCACAAGAGGACACAUUAAAGGAAGACAUUCGAAGUGCAAUUGUCCCAUGGAAUAUAUUCCUUUUAUUUUUUAAUCAUGUUGUAUUAUAUUUGUACAUAAAAAAUGUUAAUUCUUUGUUAAUAAAACAUAAAUUAUCAUUCA